CAACUAAGGAAAAUGGCUUUAGUGUCUGAGUAUCUGUCGAAGCUCACACUGAGUUAUGGAGGGGAGAGAGAACCUAAGUGCCCUACAGUGGUGGCAGCUUAUGAUUUUAACCCAGAGGUGGAUGCAGCCAAAAUAGAGACCGCCAUCAAAACCAAAGGUGUUGACGAGCAGACAAUCAUUGACAUUCUGACAAGACGCAGUUACUUACAAAGAAGCGAUAUUGCAUUUGAGUAUGAAAAGCGAGCAAAGAAGGAUUUAGUGAGCGCCCUGAAGGGGGCGCUCUCGGGAUCACUGGAGCAUCUGAUUCUGGGUUUGAUGAAGAGCACACCACAGUAUGAUGCUUUUGAACUAAAAGCAUCAAUGAAGGGUCUGGGUACUGAUGAAGAGAGUCUGAUUGAGAUGGUGUGUUCCCGCAAUAAAGAGGAGCUGGCGGAAAUCAAGAAGGUUUACAAAGAAAUGUUUAAGAAAGACUUGGAGAAAGAUAUUUCUGGAGACACAUCUGGAGAUUUCGCUAAGCUGCUCCUGGCCCUUGCACAGGGCAAGAGAGAGGAGCAGAGUAGCGUUGUGGACUAUGAGAAGAUUGAUAAUGAUGCAAGAACUCUUUAUGAAACCGGAGUGAGGCGAAAAGGAACAGAUGUGGUCACCUGGAUCUCUAUCUUCUCCGAGAGGAGUGUUUCACACUUGCAGAAAGUGUUUGAAAGGUACAAGAGGUACAGUCCAUACGACAUCAAGGAGAGCAUUCGAAUGGAGGUGAAAGGAGAUCUGGAGAAAUCCUUCCUCACACUAGUUGAAUGCUUGGAAAAUAAACAUCUGUAUUUCGCCAGCAGACUCAAUGAUGCCAUGAAGGGUAAAAGUGUGAAAGACAAGAUAAUAACCCGCAUCAUUGUCUCUCGCUGUGAAGUGGAUCUUAUGAAGGUCCGCAUAGAGUUCAAGAGGAAUUUUGGAAGAUCUCUGCACCAGACAAUUUCAGAGCACACUAAGGGUGACUAUCAGAGAGCUCUGCUGAAUCUCGUGGGAGGAGAUGAUUAAACAUAAUCAAUAAUCAUCUGCUGUAUGUGUCUAGCAGUGAAGACCUUCCCAAACAACUCAAUAAAAAUGCAGUAUUACUAUGUUCAUGCUUUGUUUCAUCUUGUACCAGUAUGAUUUAAAUUCCAAUAAUGGAAUGCAAAAUUAAGAAUUAUAAUUGAUAUUAUAAUAAAAAAAAAUUAUAAUAUGUUUAUAUUAAUAAAAAAACUAUUGUAAGUACA